AUGGCGGAUGUGGAUUGGGUGGGAUUACCAAGGCGUUUUAGGGGUUUCUGGAAAUUGAAUGUUGGGUUAAUGCAUAAAAGAGGUUUAAGGGAGUCAUUUGCGAGAGUGUGGAACGAUUGGUGGAAUGAAUGUCGGGUAGGGGAUGACGUUAUUGAAUGGUGGGACACAAUCGGAAAAAGGAAGGUGAGGGACUUCUAUCAGAAGAGUGGUGUAGAAGAACGGAGAAUGCAAUAUGGGUUUUUGCACUAUCUGGAAGGACAACUGCAGGAAUGUUAUGUGAAUGGCAGGGGGGUGUAUCCGGUGGCGGAAAUUGAAAGUUUAAAACAACUAAUUGGGGAUAUCCACAAUCAUAACUUUGAUGCGGCCCGGAUAGCGAGUGGUAUAAAUGAGGUAUUAUGGGGUGAUCGUCCUUCGGCGUUUGUUUUAAGGGAGCAGGGCAAGCGUCGGAGGGCGACAGAAAUAAUGGAAUUGGAAGUUCAGGAGCAAUUGGGAACGUAUCGUAGGGGACAACUCAUUACGUCCAUUGAGGGCAUGGGAUGCUAUGUAGAUGCAUGGUAUGAAGCGCAAUACAAAAAAGUGGGAAUUUCAAAAGAAGUAAUAGGAGACAUGGGUGAAUGGGUAUGUUUCGAUCUUAAGAAUAAGGAUCGAAUGAAUUUGAAUGGACCUAUAAGUGAGGAGGAGGUUAGAAUAGCUGUUGAGAGUGUGAACGCUGGGAAAUCACCGGGGAUCGAUGGUAAACAGGAUAUGAAGUUGUCCAUGAUGCGCCUGCAGCAGACUGGUCUCUCAACACAGGUGAUGGAGGCUUGGCUGGUCACACAGGUGGUGGAGGCUGUGUUGACCUCAACACAACAUGGCAGCUACUCUGUAAUUUUCAUUACGGACGGCACUACCUCACCCUCCACUAUCUUCAUGACAACAGACCAUUUACGGUUUCCAGGAGGUGUUGGAAUUUUUGAAGUAGUAAUUAAUGGUUCUAAUUUCAAGCAGAGGGACGAGCACCUCUCACUGCUGGUUGGUAAUGUUAAGAUGCUGCGGAAGUUGUCAUCAUACAUAACAAUUGUAGUGAUAAGUGACGAGGCAACCUUCCUCGCCGCCUUCGUCAAGUGGUCCGUCAAGGGGCGCCUCAUGGUGUGGUCGACGAGGCUCCUCAUCCUCACUCACUCUCGCCUCAUGGAGCUGCAGGAUCUCCACACAACCUUGUCCAACCUCAACUCUAUGUUGGUUAUUAUCAACAACGACACAACAAACAUCAAGUGCAGUGUUUACGUCCAGCUGCCGUAUAGUCCGCAGGAAUCCCAUGUGGCCUCCUGGACACCUCGUCGUGGCCUCCUCUUCACCUCACACCUCCCAUUGUUCCCUGAAAAGUUCUCAAAAUUCCAACACAGACCGAAUUUGUUGGUGGCGAUAGAUGAGUCUGGCUACGUCAGGUUGGUGAGGGUGAAUGACCCAUUUUCAGCGGUUCCCAGGUUUCAGUUCCAGGGUUCCAUGGUAAAGGUGAUGGACUACCUUUCUGAAGCACUUAACUUCACGUACACCUUUGUGCGCCCUCCUGACGGAGUCUGGGGUGUUAGACUCAGUAAUGGUUCAUGGACCGGCAUGUUGGGCAUGGUGGUGAGGGAGGAAGUAAGUAUCGGUGCUGGACCUUUCAUGAUAGAUACUUAUCGUUCCGAGGUGGUGGACUUCACUGUACCAAUAUUCAUAGACUACUGGAGGAUCCUGGCAAGUAGAGGUCUUCCAGAGGUGGACCCCUGGGGCUUCCUGUUUCCCCUGGCGCCUCUGGUGUGGGCGACCAUCCUGGGGAUGCUGGUGGUGCUUGCUGCUGCAGUGUUCCUUAUGUAUGCCUUCGGCUCUGUCAGAAAUGGUUACCAAAACUACUGGGUCGAGGUCGCCUUCGGCUACGUUCGGAUAUUAUUACAGCAAGAUAUGACUCUGCCUAUAAUUUGGUUGUGGGAGCGGUUGUUGCUUUUGGUGUGGAUAAUGGUGACACUGGUGUUAACACGGAGUUACUCUGGCAACCUCAUGGCUCUCCUGGCAGUGAGACACAUCCCUGAACCUUACCAAACACUACGUGACAUGAUGGACGACCCAUCUGUUACGAUCAUAUGGGAACAAGGCUCUGCAACAAUCUCCUAUAUGAAAUUAGCGAAGUCUGGUGUAUUUCGGGAGAUAGCUGAAUCAGAGAAGAUUGGUCGACUCAUUUACGUACCACAUCCGAUGUUCCAAGAAAUCAUUGACACUCUGGUGCGACGGGGCGACCACGUCUUUAUUAAUGUUCAUUCUGGUUUUAAGUCAACUAUUGCUCAAGACUUCACGAAAACAGGCAAGUGUUCCUUUUACGAGUCCAAAGAAGAAUUCUUGAUGGCAAUAUAUGUAAUGAUUGGUCAAAAGGACAGCCCACUGCUGCCAUUUAUUAAUAAAAGGAUAAUGUCGAUGACGGAGGCUGGGUUGUUCUUCCAGUGGUUGAUAGCUGAAGAACCCAACUCCACUGUGUGUGAUCAUGUCUCCAACAAGAUCACUGUCAACGAGGCACUCUCCCUCAGUAACCUCUGGAGUAUUAUAAUGAGGAUCCGACGCAGGUUUCAAGAAACGAGUGAAAGUGAACGAGCCAGUUUUGUGCUUAUGAGGGCUUGUGGUAUGUCCCUUAGUGCCAUUGCUCGAGCGACUGGUGUCAGCAUGUCCACCGUGUUAAAGUGGACACAACGCUGGCUGCAGGAAGGCAGUAUCAACUCUAAACCUUGGAAGAAGAAGCCUCUUGAAGCACAUGAGGUUGCUGCUCCAAAACUACCAUCCCAAGACCCAAGAUUCAAUACUGUACCAGAUGAAGAUGCCGACAAGUAUAUUGAUUGGGGUGGAAUAUCCUUCUGUACCACAGCAAAUUAUCCUCAAGACAUGGAGCCAGCUGAACUCAAAUCUCACCUCAUCCAAAAAACAGUCAAACUAGAUCUCCAGACAGGUUACUAUCAGGUACCCUUGACAGAUAAGGUGAAGAAAAUCUCUGCCUUCGCAAUUUCAGUAGGUCACUAUCGAUAUACAGUGACCCCAUUUGGAAUGCAGAACUCGCCGGCAAUGUUCCAUAAGCUGAUCCAUCAGGCUAUUAAAGGACUUGAAGGCACGGCAGCUUAUCUGGAAGAUAUAGUAGUAGUUUCUGAUAUGUGGGCCAACAUGUCUCCCCACUUAUAG